CAAGCGCUCAAAGUACGCCGCGUCCGUCACGUUAACUUCUACUCCACGCCCGGCAAAUCCCGGCCAAAUUCCUCAAGCUCACUACUUGGCAACGAUACAUCAAGGCGCUGACGUCCAUCUGGCUAGCUCCCCAUGGCAGACGAGUGGUGGAGCUCCGCACGAACCGACGGCGCGUCGGCCUGCUCGUCGGCUCCGGCCGCGGAGUCGGACCUGGCCGCCGCCGAGUCGGCGACUAGUACUACUCCGACAGAUUUCGAGACAAGCUUGCACGACGCUGCCACGGCCGCCUCGUCCUCCUCCGUCCUUGCUGACCCCCACAUGGAUUGGACGCAAGGCUUCGUCGGCGGCAGAGCGGCUGCCGAGGCCAGCAGCAGCUUCAACGCUCUGCUCCAACUCCCAGGCGACGCGGGCCGCCACUUAUUCCUGCUCGACCAGCCACCACCACCUCCGGUGCCGGCCCAGUACGACGCCGACGGCACGGCGCCCGUGGCAGCAGCAUCGCAGAGCGCGCCCCGGUACUACUCCAGCUCGGCCAGGAGCUACGGCGCCAUGCCGGCAGCGCCGAUGACGAAGCCGUUCUCGCAGCAGCAGUUCCCCGGCUUCCUCGUCACGUCGACGGGGAAUUUCGAACUGGCUGAGGAGCCGUCGCGGCUUCUCUUGCAGACGCUGCAGCCCGAACCUUUCAAGUCCAAUAAGGAAUCUGUUCAGGAAGCUUGCUCUUCAGUGACGAGAAGAAGUGUUCCUGACUCGCCUGCGGCACCCAAGAAACCCCGGAUCGAGAUGCCUUCUCCAUUGCCGACCUUCAAGGCUAGGAAAGAGAAGCUCGGGGACAGAAUCACUGCUCUCCAGCAACUGGUCUCGCCUUUCGGAAAGACGGAUACCGCAUCGGUUCUUCACGAGGCCAUCGAAUACAUCAAGUUGCUGCACGAUCAAGUAGAUUCUCUCAGCUCUCCGUACCUGAGGUAUGGGCGCCCUGUGCAGCUACAGCAACAACAGGGUUCUGGAAAGGCGAAGGACGGUGGCGAGGUAAAGGAGGACCUGCGAAGCCGAGGGCUGUGCCUCGUCCCGGUCGCCGCCACUUACACGGUGGCGAGCGAGACGGCGCCGGAGUUCUGGCACCCUACCUUUGGGGGCACAUUUCGGUAGAGACAAGAGACAUGCACGUGGUAUGCUAGGUAGGCAUUCGCAAAAAAAAAAAGGUAGGCAUUUGAACCAAAAGCAAAAGCGAGCUAGCAAUCAGCAAUAAUGUGUUUUUGAGGCGAUAAAAAACAAAACUCGAGGCGAGCAAUAAGCAAUAUAAUGUAUUGUCAAAGUGAAAUCUGCGUUUUGAUUCCUCCUAAGAAAAGCAAGAGCAUUCAAAAGAGGGGGAGCUAAGAUUAACAAAACUGCAAUGGGAUACGAGCUUUGAGCUUUCAAAGACACAGCUGGUUAAUAUGAAUAUAUUUGUUAUUUUGUUGGGUGUUCAGACAGGUACAGAAGAGAAUGAUAUGCUAGAUAUAGAGAAAGCAGCUUUCCAAACGAAUAAUGCAGUGUUGGUAUUGUAUUGACCUGACCAAUUGGCAGGGGCUAGACCUUCAAAAACCCAAGUGCACAGUUCAACAUAUCUAAUCCUAGAUAGUGCACAUGUUUGAGAUUAGGAUGCACAAAAAGUGAAAUUAAAUUGCUAAUAACUAAGAUUUUUUCAGAUGCCAGUAUACUCAGAUGGGCAAUUGUAGCUUCACCCCUGCCAGUUGGGGUGGGAGGGGAAUGUUGGAACAGGUGCUUAUUUUUGGAAGCAAAAUGAGAUAUCAGUUUUACUUUCAUAAGCAUGGUGAGCAGUUGGGCUUUUUUUG